CUAAAGCUGCAAAGAGAGCCUUUAGACAUGUUCACAAGAGCCGUAUGGGAUGUGCCUGUUGACAGUAAAAUGCUUGAUCUGAAGUUAUUUCAGCUAACCAAGGAGAUGGUGAAGCACCGUGCGAAAGAUAAUUUCAUCUUUGUGACAUUUGGGAACCAUGCAUUCCUGGACUUUAUUUUGAAUUGGGUCAAACACCUAACAGAUCUUAAUCUUUUUAACAUUCUUGUUGGUGCUAUGGAUACCAAAUUAUUGGAGGCUUUGUAUUGGAAAGGCAUUCCUGUUUUUGACAUGGGCAGCAAAAUGAUAGCAGAAGAUAUUGGCUGGGGAUCGUCCAAAUUUCACAAACUGGGAAGGGACAAAGCAUUGUUGAUAAAUGCUUUCCUACCUUUUGGCUACGAGUUCAUAUUGUGUGAUACAGAUACUGUUUGGUUAAAGAACCCACUUCCAUAUUUUGCUCGUUUUCCUGAAGCAGAUAUAUUAACAUCAAGCGAUCAGCUUAGACCAACAACAACCGAUGACAGUUUGGAAGUCUGGCAGAAUGUCUAUGAUGCCUACAAUAUUGGGAUGUUUCAUUGGCGUCCCACUGAUUCUGCGAAAAGACUAGCUAAGGAGUGGAAAGAUAUACUUUUAGGUGAUGACAAGAAAUGGGACCAGGCUGCCUUUAAUGAUCUUGUUCGCCAAGAUUUAGGACCAUCACUUGAAGGAGAAAGCGGACUUUUUUAUGCUUACAAUGGGACCCUUAAGCUGGGUAUUUUGCCAGCAAGUAUAUUUUGCAGUGGGCACACAUACUUUGUCCAGUCAAUGCCCCAGCAGCUCAAACUGGAACCAUAUGCUGUGCAUGCUACCUUCCAGUUUGUAGAUUCUAAUGCAAAGCGCCAUAGGUUACGUGAGGCUAUGCUUUUCUAUGACCAACCUGCAUAUUAUGAUACACCAGGAGGUUUCUUAUCAUUCAAACCUGGUAUUCCUAAGAGUUUGUUGCUGGAUGGGCCACAUACCUUACAAUCACACUUCUCAUUGGUUAAUUACCAGUUGAGGCAGAUAAGGACUGCACUUGCUGUUGCUUCUCUGUUGAACCGAACACUGGUAAUGCCUCGAUUAUGGUGCAGGUUUGAAAGAAUGUGGUUUGCACAUCCUGGAAUUUUGGAGGGGACAAUGACCAAGCAACCUUUUGUAUGCCCGAUGGACCAGUUGUUUGAGAUUCAUACCAUGGUCCGUGGCCUUUCUGAAGAAGAAUUUGGCCCACAAAUUCAUUUCAGGGAGUACUCAUUCCUGCAGAAUCCAUCAAUGCCUAAACAUGUGAAGGAAUCAUUACUUAAUGUUCAACUUUGUGAUGCACAUUCCAAAGGAUGCAAUAUAUCCAAUGAAACAACUAGCCGUGGUUUCAUCCAAUUUCCUAGAAAUAGCACUGUGCAGAUGUACAUGCAAGUAUUCUCCCAGUACAAAGAUAUAAAAGUCUUGCACUUUUCAUCCAUGGCGAAUGCCUUCCAAGGGUUCAGUGAUGAGGCAAGGGAAGCAAAAUUUAGAAGUCGCGUGAAGAGAUACGUUGGAAAGUGGUGCUGCAUGGAGAAUCGUGACCUUGGCCACGUAUACUAUGAUAUGUACUGGGAUGAGAAACCAGGAUGGAAGCCUGAACCGCCUCGAACUAGUGAAGAUGAUCAUCCACCUUGGGAUUGAAAUAUUAUAUUUGCUUGUCAUAAAAAUCUAUUGUACGACUUCAGGCAUAAUUAUAUCCGUUGAAAGCGUUAUCCAUCAUAUAAAUAAGAAUUUUCUAAUAUUAUUUUUUUACUCAAAAGUUCUCUUUGUA